AUGGAUCAGAUACCAAAGGAGUUCAUUGAAAUCAUUCAUGCACUUGGUCAGAAUGAUACUGCCAUCAUCAAACAGGCAGAGGAGAGAUUCAAUGCAUACAGAGCACAUCCAGAUCAGUUGGUUGGAUGUCUAAUAAUAAUACUGUCAAGUUCUGACAAUCAAAUUCUCAAGGCGUAUGCAUCAGUGUUGGUAAGACCACUGCUCAGUGAGUCUGAUCCAAAGUGUUUGUGGAACAGUCUAUCUCCAGACACCAAGCAACACACCAAAGUACAGUUGCUCCAAUGCUUGCAGAAUGAGAGUGUCAAGUCAACCAGACACAAGAUUGCCAACAUCAUUGGUUCAUUGGCUCCCAACCUCAUCCAAAAGAAUGAAUGGAAUGACUUGAUUCCAUACCUGUUUGGAGCCGCAAAGUCAGAGAAUGCCAAUCUCAGAGAGGCAUCAUUCAUUGUGAUCAAGCUGAUCUUGUCUGAAAUCUCUUCCGAUUUGAUCAAGCCAUAUAUCAUCCAAUUUAGAGAUCUGGUCAAUGUUGGUUUGGUUGAUACAUCCAUCGAAGUCCAAGUGGCCGCCCUUCAGACCGUUUCCAUGUUCCUCAACAUCCGUGGUAUUGACCUAAAGCCAUUCCAGCCUCUUGUCUCACCCAUGAUAACAACAAUUGGAAAAGCGAUUGCCAGUGGACAUGAGAAGAGUGCUCAUGAUGGAAUACUUGUAUUCAUUAUCAUUGCCGAUACCAAGCCAGCAUGGUUCAGCACAGAGCCACAAAAGGUGAUGGACCCAUUCUUUGAGAUACUAGUGUCAGAUAUGGUGGAGAUGGAGGAGACCAGACACUUUGUCAUGGAGUUCUUCCUGUGUGUCGCCGAGAAGAGACCAAGCAUCUACAAGAAGAAUGAGCUAUACUUCCAGAAGCUCGUCCAGGUGCUCUACAAGUGGUCGGCAUCAGUAGAGGAGAUCGAUUUCAACCAAUGGAAUACACAGAUUGAUCAAUCUGAUGAUGGAGACAACAGUGAUGAUAAGGUGGCACAGAGCGCAUUUGAUCGUCUUUCAAAGGCAGUUCCAACACUCACUGUCAAGCAUGUCUCGAUGUUCUUGCCUCAACUGUUAAAGUCAAGCUUCUGGGGCGAUCGCUACGCAGCGCUCAUGAGCAUCUCAAUGAUCUGUGAGGGUUGCAAGGAUAACCUAAUCAAGAAUCAAGGUUCACUACUAGAUCUCAUUCUUAGAUUGGUCACUGAUCCAAAUCCACGUGUCCGUUGGACAUUGUUCUUUGCAUUGUCCCAAAUGUCAAAGGACUUUGGAACUGCCCUGCAUCCAUUCUUUAAGGAGUUGUUUGCUGCAGUGGGCACUACCAAGGGAGAGAAAUACCAAAGAAACCAAGGUAUUGUCUGUAUGUUCCUCAGCAGCUUCAUUGAGGACAUGGACAGAGAGAUGCUUAGACCAUUCACCGAGGAGUUAUUUGCCUACCUUGAGCCACUGCUGGCUUCACAGAACCUCUAUUCCGCUCAGCACGCUCUCUCUGCACUCUCAAGCAUUGUUCAAUGUAUCGAUGAGGACUUUGUUAAGUAUUAUGACAAGUUCAUGCCAUUCUUGAUCAACAUCAUCCAGAAUAACAAGUCCAAGGAGACACGUAUGCUUAGAGGUACCGCAAUGGAGACCAUCAGUAUCAUUGGUCUAGCAGUCAAGAAGGAGAAGUUUGCGCCACAUCUCCACCAGAUCAUGACCUACAUGGCACAGCAACCACCAUUCGAAUCCGAUGAUCCUCAGAUUGAUUUCUUCCUCAGAGCCUGCACUAGAUUCCUCCAAUGUCUGGACACAGACUUCAAGCCAUACCUCCAAUUCUCCAUGAAGCCCAUCCUUGAGGCCAUCCGCGCCAAAGUGGAAAUCACAACCACCCAGUACGAGAACAUCACACAAGACUCUAUUAGUGAUGCCAGUGAGAUGACGGUCGAGAACAAGGCAUUGGCAUUGGAGCUGAUUGUGUUCUACGCCAACAUUCUUGGAGAGGAACUAUUCCCAUACAUUGAGGAGUUGUCCAAGGAGUCACUCAAGUUAAUCAACUAUAUCUACAACGAGGACAUUAGAGUGGGCGCCGUACAGUUCCUACCAUUCAUCAUCAAGAUAUCAAGGGCACACUUUGAAAAGGUGCUCAAGGUGCCCGAUGGAACCAAGGUGGAGUUCACCAUCAAUCUCUUCAACUUCAUCCUCGAGCAGCUGCUCAAGUCACUCGAAACAGAGUCACUACCAGAGAUCAUUGGUGAGAAGAUGCGUAGCAUUGCAUCCUGCGUUGAGGCCAUGGGAACCAACUUCCUUUCGGACAUUCAAUUGAAGGCAACUUUCAAGGCGUUCCAGAAUGUAUUGACAUCAUUGGAUGAGGUCAGACAGGACAUUGAGGACGACAAGGACGAGGAGGACGACGAGAACCAUCUCUCCGAAGAGAUGAUGGUGUUGGAGCAGGCCUACGACAACACUGCAACAGCGAUCUGUCAGGUGAUCAUCUCGAGCAAUCAGACAUCGGUUAACUACUUCAAGGAGUUCCUGCUCAGCGACAUCCUGAGCCGCAUCAACAGCGAGACUGACUCGGAGGCGAUCCAAUCAUCGAUGAUUUGUGUACUGGACGACCUUAUCGACAAUGGAGGCGAGCCAGUCACCCAACUCUAUUCGCACAUCAUCCCAUCAAUGAUCACUGCCUGCGCCAGCAAGGACUCGGCAAUCAUUCAGGGUGCCAGCUUUGCACUGGGAAUCGCCGCACAAAACGGCACCGUCGCGUUCAGACCAUAUCUAGUGGAAUCACUCAAGGCACUGGUAGCAAUCAUUCAGACACCGACGGCCAAAUCAUCAGAGUACAAGUCGUCCACAGAGAAUGCCAUCUCUGCCAUUGGACGUGUGAUCGGACACUGCUCCGCUCAGUUGGGAGACCAUUUACAAACAUUGAUACCUCUCUGGAUCUCAAAUCUUCCAAUCAGUGAUGAUGAGGAGCGCACUGCAGUCCUUAGACAACUUGUUGUCAUUUUGAAACAACAUCCUCAAUUCUUUACACAGACAGAGCUCUGUAGAACACUGGUAGUGUUUAGCGAUGCAUCUGAGAGAAAUUAUAUCAGCGACGAGCUCAAGCCAGACAUCAAGCAGCUCAUCCUCACUCUUCACCAGCAGGCACCUGCCAUCUUUGCACACAUUGAUGCAGACAAACAACAACAUCUCUCCAAGAUCGUCCAAUAA